CGCGGAGGAGGAUGCACUCGCCCCUGUAGCGCUCUUUUUUUUUUUUUUUUUUCCCCUCUCAUAGGUGAUGCUUUAGUAGGAGAAUCAAAAGUUUCGACAAUUAUUUUGCAAGAAUGGCAGAUAAAGACAGCGUGGAGAAAUAUCUGGACAACAACCCGCAAUUCGCCAAAGAAUAUUUUGAUAAGAAGGUGCGGGCGGAGGCCCUCACCGCCGCUUUCUCGGCGACGGUGCAGGUGAAGGACACGGCCUCCUUCAAGGAUAUCAAUUCGGUCCAGGAGGCCGCCCUCAUCUUCGAGCUGGUGCAGACGUUGCAAAAGCAAAGCGUGGUGGAGGAGUGUCUGCACAAGGUCCUGCAGCGGGUGGCCCUCAUCCUGCAGGCCGACAGGGUCAGCUAUUACCUGUGCAGGUCCAGGAACGGGAUACCCGAGCUCGCCACGUGCCUCUUCGACGUCACCCCGACGUCCAAGUACGAGAGCAACCUGGUGCACCCGCAGACCGAGAUCGUGUUCCCCCUUGAGAUGGGCAUCGUGGGCUUCACCGCCUCCUCCAAGAAGCCCCAAAGUGUUCCCGACGUCUCCCAGAAUAAGAAGUUCUGCGACUUUGUGGACAAGCAGACGGGCUACAAGACCAAAUGCAUGCUGACGUUCCCCCUCAUGGCCGACAAAGAGUGCCUCGGGGUGGUCACGGCGCUCAACAAGAUCGGAGCUCCUCACUUCACGCCCGAGGAUGAAGCGCUCUUCCACAAGUACAUGACCUUCGCUCACGUCAUUGCCCUGCAGCAUCACACGACCUACAUGUUCAACGUGGAGUCCAGGAGGAGUCAGGUGCUGCUGUGGUCGGCCAGUAAAGUUUUUGAAGAGUUGACCGAUAUCGAGAGACAGUUCCACAAAGCUCUGUACACCGUCAGGACCUACCUGCAGUGCGACCGAUACUCAGUGGGCCUGCUGGACAUGACCAAAGAGAAGGAAUUCUACGACGAGUGGCCCGUAAAGCUGGGGGACGUGGAACCUUAUAAAGGACCGAAGACGCCAGAUGGAAGGGAAGUCAUUUUUUACAAGAUCAUCGACUACCUCCUGGAGGGCAAGGAGGAAAUCAAAGUCAUACCGGGUCCUCCAGCCGAUCAUUGGGCUCUGGUCAGCGGACUCCCCACCUACGUCGCAGAGAACGGCUUUAUUUGCAACAUGAUGAACGUGGCCGCCGACGACUUCUUCACUUUUCAGAAAGAGGCCGUGGACGAGACGGGCUUCGUCAUCAAGAACGUUCUGUCCCUGCCCAUCGUCAACAAGAAGGAGGAAAUCGUGGGCAUCGCCACGUUCUUCAACAGGAAAGACGGGAGGCCCUUCGACGAGUACGACGAGCAGAUCACCGAGGCGCUGACCCAGUUCCUGGGCUGGUCGGUGCUCAACUGCGACACCUACGACAAACUCAACCACAUGGAGCACAGGAAGGACAUCGCCCAGGAGAUGCUCAUGUACCAGACCAAGUGCACCACCGACGAGCUGCAGUCCAUCCUGAACACCAAAGAGAAGUUUAGCAGUGAGCCAGAGGACUGCGACCAGAAGGAGAUGUACAAACUAUUGAGAGCGACGUGCCCGGCGGCCGACAACGUCAGCGGCGAGAACUUGUACUCGUUCGCCUUCAGCGACUUCCCGGUGUCGGAGUUCGACCUCAUCAAGGCCGGCAUCCGCAUGUUCUUCGAGCUCGGAGUGGUGGAGAAGUUCAAAGUCCCCGCGGAGACGCUGACCCGCUGGAUGUACACGGUCCGCAAGGGUUACCGGGCCAUCACCUACCACAACUGGCGGCACGGCUUCAACGUGGGACACACCAUGUUCUGCCUGCUCCAGACGGGGAAGCUGAGGAAGUACUACUCCGACCUGGACGCCUUCGCCAUGGUGGCCGCUGCUUUCUGCCACGAUAUCGACCACAGAGGCACAAACAACCUCUACCAGACCAAGAGCGCGUCUCCUCUGGCCAAACUUCACGGCUCGUCCAUCAUGGAGAGGCACCACCUGGAGUACAGCAAGACCCUGAUGGGCGAGGAGAGCCUCAACAUCUUCUGCAACCUUCAGAAGCGCCAGUUCGAGACCGUGCAGCACCUGUUCGACGUCUGCAUCAUCGCCACCGACCUGGCGCUUUACUUCAAAAAGAGAACCAUGUUCCAGAACAUCGUGAACGCCACGGAGCCAAUGACGGACGAUAAGGAGGCCACGUCCUUCAUCGCCAACAACCCCACCAGGAAGGAGAUCGUCAUGGCCAUGAUGAUGACCGGCUGCGACCUGUCAGCCAUCACCAAACCCUGGGAGGUGCAGAGCAAGGUGGCACUGAUGGUCGCCGCAGAAUUCUGGGAGCAGGGAGACCUGGAGAGGUCGGUUUUGGACCAGCAACCAAUUCCCAUGAUGGACAGGAACUGUGCGGAGCAGCUGCCCAAGAUGCAGUGCGGUUUCAUCGACUUUGUGUGCUCGUUUGUGUACAAGGAGUUCGCCCGCUUCCACAAGGAGAUCACGCCCAUGUUCGACGGCCUCAACAACAACCGCUCCCACUGGAACGAGCAGGCCGAGGUGUACAACGCCAAGAUGAAGGCCAUCGAGGACGAGAAGAAGAAACUGGAGGAGGAAGAAGCCCGCAAAGCUGGCGGCGGUGACGGGAAGUCAAAAACGUGCGCAAUCUGCUAAGUUCUUCACGGCGACGCUCGGAUACGGACCGCAGCUUGGACUGGUUUCAGCCUUUCGAUUGGAUCUAUAGUUCUUCCCGGUCUAGAGCACAUUUUUAGUCUCAUGUAGCCCCGCCCGGAUUAACGCUCCAAGGAGGCCAAAUUCGAAAAUGAUGAGGAACGGCGGGAUGAACUCUGAGGACAGUUUGGACGACGGAAUUUUUUUUUUCCCUCUGCUUCGGACCGCAUCCAUGGACGCUAGCCGAUUAGCGUAGUUGCACUGCCAGAUACGAGGGGGACAACUGGAACUAUUUUUUUUUUUUUUUUUUAAAUAUAAACUAGAAUUAGUCCUAACAGGAAGAACAUGUACACAAAAAGGCCCCGGGAACAAGUAAAAGUCGUGUACUAUGGAUUUAUCAGAUUCUGUAUGCACAGUAAUUGGAUUAUAUUCAAAUUUGGUGUUUUGAUCACAAUGGCGUCACUUACUUAUUAUAAGUUCCCAGUAGAAAAUCGUAGAGGUGGGACAAAAUGUUGAUAUCACGGUGUAUCGUUUUCGCGUAUGAAUCUGCGUGGAUACGUGAGCGUUACGCAUUAUUAUUAUUAAAGGUCUUAAAUAUUUAACAAACAAUUUUACUAUGUAUUUCUAUGUGCUGAUGUUAAAGGGGUGUUUGCAAUGUCAUCACCAAAAUUAAAAGCAGGGGAAAAAAAAAUUGAACUUGUUAACUUUUAAUGUUCACCUAACAAUUAUGAAUAAGGUUAUUUUCUCGGGCAACAAGGUGUGUGUGUGCGCCAUCGGUUUUGGUUGUUUUUAAUAAAUUUUUUAAUUGCAAACGCUUCCAUUAAAUGUACAAAAUACAGCGUUAACAUGAUAUCUGGCUAUAAAAAAAAAGCUAACUAGCGAGCUAAUAUCAAUGUCUAAUUAUGUCCGAUGUUUGACCAUCAUUUCCAAAAACAAACAAAAUAACGUUAUAUAUCGCAAUACAUUAAGGAGGUUAUUUAUCAGUUGUGGAAAGUUGUAAGCAAUUCCCACCUCUAUUAGAUAAAAAAAUACAUAUUUUUUUACAUGUACUGGCUUUCCAAGGAUCAUUUAAAAAAACACCAAGAACCUGUCACCCUUUAUCUCCGACGUGAUAUGAUUUAAAUGGGAAAAAAAUCCAUAUGAACCUCCUCCAGAUGACUUGUAUGAGAUAACGUUUGUUUAAAAAAAUAAUAAUCUGCAUCAUCUCCAAGGAAAAAUGUAGUUGGAGUCCCAUACGGGUCUCUUUGAGAGUGAAGCCUUCUCGUCUGUUGUGUUGAUAACGUGACACGUUAACAUUUGCGUUACUGAUCGGCUCGAGGUCCGGUUAGAGCGGCGCCAUCGCUGCCCGGGACUCCGGAACUGGGCCGCCCCUGCACUUUCCCUGUACCGCAUCUUCCUCCUCCUCUUCCUCCUCUUACGCAACGUCUUCACCUCUAAUCAAUGAGGCCUCAAUCAAACGUCGCAAAUCCAAUUAGGAGCGCUUAACCCGGAAACACUUUCCUCUGCUCCUUGCGGCGGCCCCAUCACC